AUGGCUUCACGCAAUCGACCGUCUUCAAUUAGAAACAACAAUAGUAGUCGCUCACAGGAUGAGCGCAAACGUGGAGAUUCUCAAGCUCGUGCCAAGCAUCAGUCAUCAGAUCCGAAUGAAAAUAUAACAUUAUCCACUAUUCGAAAUACUUCUCGGCGGCAAGAUAAUACUCGCCGUUCUGGUGCUCCUGGAAUUCUUGAUGCUACUACUCCAGAAUCAGACACUGUCAAAUACAGGAUGCCAAUUGUGUGGCUCGAUAAAAAAGUGCACUCGACGGCCGCAAAAAAUACUUUGGAAAGAUUGAAGAUUAAUUUCCCGCAUAUUGAUACUUUUGAAAAGCCUGCUCAAUGUAAAGAGCAUAUUCUUAAUUCGGAUGAAAAACAAUUCUGUUUGAUUAUUUCGUUGGAAUAUUUCGAGGCUUUUCUGCAAGAAAAAUGCAGCAUUAAAUCAGGUAUGAAGACGUCCGUUUUAAUUAUUAGUUAA